UAUAUUUUUUGUUUUUUGGCAGGGCUGCCUUCGCGAUGAGUCUCGGAGACUCGCCAGUUCCCUUGGCCUCGAAAAACCGAGUCGAGCUACGAAAUUACGCAUUGCGAAGAGCGAUUCAAAAGCUAUUAAGAAAAGUUUGAAUAAACGAGUUUUUUUUUUUAAAUAAUUGUUAACCAAGUCUCUUGAUAAAUCGAGGACGAAAAAACGAGUGUUCCUCGCGGGCCGAAACCGAAGCACGCAGCUUCCACACACGACGACUCGACUUUGCAUAGGAUUUAAUCGUCACACGCUCGUGUAUUCUCGACGACAAUUACAUGCGGGAAGCUCGUUUGUGGUGCUCGUGAAAGUUAUUUCGUGCUCCAACAGUUUCCUCUACUUGUUCAAGUACACUGAACGUGCUAGUGAGUUGAAUAACGUUCCGCAACGUUGGGCUAAAAAGAAUAGGCUUGAGAAGAGAGGAAAAGGGAGAGAGAGAGAGAGAGAGAGAUUUAUGUAGAAGGACAUCAAGAUGGUCGGAAAUGUUUUCGCCUUGGCUGUCUCGACGCUCUACAUCGUAUUGACCAGUCUAAUAGCAUACUGGUCUCGAAAGUACACCAAGUAUUACAUACGUCAACCUUUCGUGCGUGCUCUCUUCCUCGAGGGAAUCGCGACAGCCGAGCUAUGCGGUGCAUGCUUCGAGCUUAUCAUAAUCGCUGAUAACUGGGGCGUUUCUAUGUACGCGAUUUAUCUCUUCGUACUGACGAUCUGGUGGUCCAUGAAUUGGGAGGACGCAACCGCCUGCCCGUACACGCACAUCGAGGACCUCGUUGAAGGCACGAAAUCCUUGAGAGACACUUUUCUUUUGAUCUGGGCCGAGCUCGUGGGAGGUCUUGCGAUUUUUCGAUACGUUCAACUGCUCUGGGCCAUGGAGAUCGUUUCCACCCACAAGAAUCGGGCUUUCGAGGAUUGCACCACCGACCUGCAGGUGCCAGUCAUCGUUGGCGCGUUCAUCGAAUGCAUUGCCACCUGCAUAUGUCGAGUUGUUUCUCGGGGAUUGAGCGAACUGAAUCCCAGAUUUAGCAGCAUACUCGAUUCCUUCGUUGGAACGACCUUGGUCGUAGCUGCGUUCAACUAUUCCGGUGGUUACUUUAAUCCGGCUCUGGCAACGUCUCUGAAGUACGGCUGUCUGGGUACCACGUUUAUGGAGCACGUGAUCGUUUAUUGGAUCGGUGCGAUUGCCGGUUCGGUUUUAUCGCUGCGGGCGUACCGUUUGCCUUUUGUACAAAGAAUCGUUAAUCGACAGAAGGAAAAAUUGCAGUGAGGAAUAAAGCACAUCGCCAAAAAAGACACAGACGAGAAUAAAAGUCAAUUGAAAGCCAAGCACAAAGUAGAGGAUCGACGAGGAUAAUUGUCGAGUGUGACAAUAAUUCUGUGAACAAAAAUCCAAUGAAAAUUGUAAAUACGCUCUAAAGUUAGGAUAAAAUAGGCAAAAAUAUAUUUUCAUAUUUAUCGAACGAAAUUGUAAAUAAAUUUGAAUCAAACUCGAAAUAAAAUCGACGAAAAAUCGUAAGAAAAA